CCCAGGAGUCGCAGCUUAACCCUCUCUUCUUUCCCUGCCCGUGCUGCCCGUGCUGCCCGCCCUUCGCUGCCAAGUACGCCUUCCUUUGCCGACGGCCGUGGUCUCUCUCAUAAGUGAAUAACCAUCUCCUCUGUCUCUCUCUCAAAACCGCGACCCAAAUCUCUCUCAAAAUCCCUCGAUUUCGCCGCUCCCAUCUCCUCGCCCACCCGUCUCGCGUCCUCCUCCUCCUCGAUCUCGCUCUCAUCUCGCGCCUUCCGAUUCGAUCCGCCAUCCGUCCGAUCUUGAGGCCGCCUGGCCGAGGCGCCCCGCUGGGUCCAGAUUAGGGUUUGUCUCUCGUCGAGUAUUGAUUGGGAGAUUUUGGGAUCUGUGGGUGGGUGCGAGGGGGGCGGAUCUAGGGUUUGGCGGAUUGGAAAGUUUCUAGGGUUUGAGCGAUUCCGGGAGCUGGCGGAGGAAUUGAGGGUGGGGAAUUGAUGGUUCGCGCCGGAGGAGGGAUCGGAACAACCAAAACCGGGGAAGAUGCAAGGCUAUGCAUGGGCGGGAAGGUGAGGAAAGGAAACGGAGGCGGCACAUGUGGCCAGUCCCCGCGCACGGCACAGCAGCUGCAGCUCUCCCACCGCCGGCGCCACUAGCUCCCCGAUUGACCCCCUUGGCAUCCGAUUCCUUCCAGCCCUCAGCUGAUUCUUUCGUAAAGGAUGGGCGCAAAAUUCGAGUUGGUGACUGUGCUCUUUUCCAGGCUGUCAAUGCUCCACCUUUCAUUGGAAUAAUACGUUGGUUUUCAGCAGGCAAAGAGGAUUAUCUUGAGUUAUGUGUAAAUUGGCUUUACAGACCUGCUGACGUAAAGCUUGCCAAAGGCAUAUCACCUGAAGCUGCACCGAACGAGGUCUUCUACUCAUUUCACAAGGACGUGAUUUCAGCUGCCACAUUGCUUCAUCCAUGUAAAGUUGCAUUUUUGCGUAAAGGUGUCGACCUUCCAGCAGGGAUAUCAUCAUUUGUGUGUAGGCGAGUAUAUGAUACAGCAAACAAGUGUUUGUGGUGGCUAACUGAUCAGGAUUAUAUCAAUGAGCGUCAGGAAGAGGUAGACCAACUUUUGGACAGAACACGACUAGAGAUGCAUGCAGCAGUGCAGUCAGGCGGGCGUUCUCCAAAACCUCUGAAUGGUCCUGCGUCCGCACAACAAUUGAAAUCUGGUUCAGAUAGUGUACAAAAUAGUGGCACCUCCAUUCCUCAGUCUAAGGGGAAGAAGAGGGAGAGAGGUGAUCAGGGCACGGAGCCCAUUAAACGCGAGCGGUCUGCUAAGACGGAGGAUGGUGAUUCUGCUAACUUUAAAUUUGACAGCAUGAUAAAAGAUGAAAUUGCCAAAAUUACAGAAAAAGGUGGGCUUGUAAACAAUGAAGGGGUUGAGAAACUGGUGAAUCUCAUGCAACUUGAUAGAAAUGAGAGAAAAAUAGACCUGGCUGGUAGGAUAUUGCUUGCAGAUGUGAUUGCGGCCACUGAUUUAAAUGAUUGCCUUGUUAGAUUUGUGCAGCUCAGGGGUGUUCCUGUUCUGGAUGAUUGGCUUCAGGAGGCACACAAAGGUAAAACUGGCGAUGGCAACAGUCCCAAGGAAAGUGAUAAAGCCACUGAGGAACUGCUGCUUGCUCUACUUCGUGCUCUGGAAAAGUUGCCUGUAAAUCUUAAUGCUUUACAGACUUGCAACAUUGGCAAGUCGGUAAAUCACUUGCGUAGUCAUAAGAACUUGGAGAUCCACAAAAAGGCUAGGAGUCUUGUCGACACUUGGAAGAAACGAGUUGGUGCAGAAAUGACAAAGAACAAUGAUGCGAAAUCUGUAGGGUCAAGCCAGGCUGUAGCAUGGCCUGGAAAGUCAGGUUUUCCUGAAGUUUCUCAUCCAGGAAACAGACGUACUGGAUCAAAUGAGGUAGCUGUGAAAAGCCCCAGUCAGCCUUCUGCUUGUAAAACUUUGCCUGGUAAGCCUGGCAUUUCAGAUCCUGUUGCAAAGCCAAGUCCGUUUACAUCAGGAUCUUUAAAACAAUCACCUUUACCUGCUUCGGGGGCUGUUGGCUUGAAGGAUCCACUUGGCAAAACAAGUGGUGGCAGUGGGACUCAGGAGUUGCCCCCGACAGUGGUGAAAGAAGAAAAGAGCAGCAGUUCGAGUCAGUCUCAGAACAAUAGCCAGUCUUGUUCAAGUGAUCAUGCAAAAAAAAUGGGUUCUUCAUGGAAAGAGGAUGCAAGGAGUUCAACUGCUGGCUCAAUGAAUGCUAGCAAGAUUUCUGGCAGUUCUUCUCGCCACCGAAGGUCUGGCAAUGGGCUUCUGGGAGCAAGUAAUUCUGGAAUUCAGAAGGAACCUAAUUUGGGUAAGUCUGGUUCUCUUAACAGGACUACAACACUGGAUAAAGCAUCACAAUCUGGAUUGACAUGUGAAAAGUCACUUGAUGUACCUGUUGCAGAUCAUGGAAAUAGCCACAGGUUGAUUGUUAGGCUUCCUAACCCUGGUCGCAGUCCUGCCCGAAGUGGAAGUGGAGGUUCAGUUGAGGACCCUUCAGUGACUGGUAGCAGAGCAUCAUCACCUGGGGUUCCUGAUAAACAUGAGCAUAAUGAUCGUAAAAUGAAACUAAGGAGCGAUGCUUGUCGGUCUCAUAUUGCCACCAAUGCAAAUAUAGAAACAUGGCAGAGCAAUGAUGUAAAAGAAGGGGUAGUUGGAUCUGAUGAAGGGGACAGAUCACCAACAACUAUUCUUGAUGAAGAACACCGGAGUGCUGAUGAAACUGGGAAGGUCUCUGAUGUUCCAAGAACUGGCUGUUCAUCCUCUGGGAAUGAAAAAGGGGUUUUCUUGCCUGAAUCUAGGACAAGGAACUCUUUCAGCUCUAUAAAUGCACUGAUUGAAAGCUGUGCAAAAUGUUCUGAAUCUAGCGUUCCUUUAUCGGCUGGGGAUGAUAUAGGAAUGAAUUUACUUGCUAGUGUGGCUGCUGGGGAAAUGUCAAAGUCUGACUUGAUUUCUCCCACUGGCUCGCCUGGAACUUCACCUGCAGUGGAGGACCCUUGUACUGCCAAUAAUGAGGCUAAGUCAAGACUGUCAUGCGACGAUGGUGUUGUCCAGAGUCAUGCCAGGUCUGAAGAAUCUGCUGAUGUUGACUCCGGGAAGCAUGGGAAGAGUGUUGGUUCUGUGUUAGCAAGGGAUGUGCCGCAACAGGUAGGCGCCAACUUUUCAGGUGAUGAAAAAAUCAUCAUGCCAUUGCAGGAUAAUAAUAUAUUGACAGGCGAGCAACCCAAACAGUCUCCCGUUUCCAGUGCAAGUUUUCAUAAAACUACAGAUUCUUAUAUGAAAUCAGAAGGGAAACUCGAGGAAGAGAGAGCUGAUAGAUGUUAUUCUAUGUCUAGUCCAUCAAACGUCAAGGAGGAGAGUGAAGGUGAUGGAGCUUAUCUACACCGGGACAGGUUAAUGAGUAGUGGGCAGGUUACUGAUAGUCUUGCAGAUUGUAAGCCUAAGUUAAGGAGUCCAUCAAUGGAUGAGAGUAAACCCAUUGAUUGUGCCCGUGAAAAGAUUGGAGGGGGCAAUAUGUGCACUUCUGGAGUUGUUUGCAACACUUUGGCUGGUGCUUGUGAGUUUGAAAAGGCUGCUUCAGGCAGAAAAUCUGAGAAGCUGGUAGUUGAAGAAUCUUCCUCUUGUCCUCCCAUUGAUAAAGAGCUGCCUGGUGGUGCUACCUUAACGGACCAGCAACAACCUCCUGUUGCGGCAAAUCAUGCAGUGGCUUUAGAUAAAAGUGCUGAUGAUGCUGUUGCUCUUUCUGGUGCUGAUGAAGUUCUUUGUCCUGAAAAUGAUGACGACUCCAAGACCAAGAAGUCUGAUAAUUUGAGGGCUGGUAAUUUGGACUUCAGUAACAGUGAAAAGAAAGAAAGUUCUAGUAUUGCUGCUUCAAGCAUUGAUGAACGAGUUGCAUCAACUGUUAUCUCACUUGUCUCUGGCAAUGGGGUUGAUGAUAACCUAGAAAUAAAGCAGCCUCUUGAGGUUUGUCUUACUGGGUCAGCCAACAAUCAGCUUCCGUGCAGUAUUCCUCCUCAAGAAACUGAGCCAUGUGCAAAGUCUUCUGGUUCUAAGAUGUCUGGAGCUGAUGCUGAUGGAAAGGAGGAGCUUGCAUCUUCUGCAGAGGCUUCUUCAUUGGCUGUUACGGCUGAGCCACAUGUUUCGGCUAAGCUCGACUUUGAUUUAAAUGAAGGCAUCCCUGGAGAUGAUGGGAACCAAGGCGAGCAAGCUUCCUCAGCUGCACCAAUAUGUUCAUCUGCAGUUCGCAUGCCUAACCUGACUCCAUAUGCAUCUCCCAUGUUAAGUGGCUUGCCUAGUCCAAUCACAGUGGCUGCUGCAGCGAAGGGACCGUUCGUUCCACCUGAAAAUUUAUUGAAGACUAAGGCUGAGCCUGGGUGGAAAGGUUCAGCUGCCACCAGUGCAUUUCGCCCUGCUGAACCACGAAAGGUUCUUGAGAUGCUACUUAGUACUUCUAAUGUCCCAGCAUCUGAUGCUGCAGGGAAGCAGGGUCGUCCACCUUUGGACAUCGAUCUGAAUAUACCUGAUGAGAGAGUACUUGAGGACAUGGGUUCUCAGAGCUCUGCUCAGACAACAGGCUCUGAAUCAGGAGUCAUUAGCAAUCAGGAGGCACCCACACGAACUGCUGGGGGACUUGAUCUUGAUUUAAAUAGAAUCGAUGAGGGUACAGAAAAUGGGCAAUUCUUAGCAAGCACCAGCCAGAGGUUAGAGGUGCCACUUUUGCCAGUAAGACCAGCACCUGGAGGAUUCUCUAAUGGGGAGGCCAACAUAUUAAGGGACUUUGAUCUUAAUAAUGGACCAGGACUUGAUGAAGUUGGUUCAGAACCUGCACCAAGAAGCCAGCAUGCCAAGAGCAGCAGCAGUCUGCCCUUCUUACCGCCAUUAGCAGGCCUCAGAAUGAACAAUGCUGAAGUAGGAAAUGUAUCAUCUUGGUUUCCUUCGGGUAAUUCCUAUCCAGCUGUUGCUAUACCAUCUUUCUUGCCUGAUAGAGGGGAGCAGCCUUACCCUAUUGUUGCAGCUCCAGGGACCCAGAGGAUUUUGGGGUCAGUUACAGGUGGUGGCACAUUUGGAAAUGAUAUUUACAGAGGCCCAGUGCUUUCAUCAUCUCCAGCCAUGGCCUUUUCCCCUGCUACGGCAUUUCCAUAUGCUGGCUUCCCUUUUGGCUCCAGUUUUCCUCUCACGUCAACUUCCUUCACAGGUGGAUCAACAGCCUAUGUUGAUUCAUCAUCUGGAGGUGCUUCAUGCUUUCCUACCAUUUCAUCACAGCUUGUUGGACCAGCAGGUGCUGUCUCGUCCCAUUAUCCAAGGCCUUAUGUUAUAAGCCUUCCAGAAGGUAGUACUAGUGGAGGAUCUGAUAACAGUAGAAAGUGGGCCAGACAAGGUCUUGAUCUCAACGCAGGUCCAGGGAGUGCAGAUAUGGAAGGAAAAGAUGACAGAUUGCCUUCAGCAUCGAGACAACUCUUGGUUGCCCCUUCUCAGGCUUUUGUGGAGGACCAGGCAAGGAUGUACCAGGUGCCUGGUGGGGGUCUGAAGAGGAAAGAGCCAGAAGGGGGUUGGGAUGCAGAUAGAUCUGGUCACAAGCAACUUUCGUGGCAGUAAGGAGGUCUCAGGGGAACCCAUUUCUUUGAUGACUUGAGGAUCUGGCACAAGCGUUUGUGGACUCUCUUUCCUGUAUUGCUUUUGCACUAAGUUAUACACACACAAUGUCACAUGCGUCCUGGUGUUUGCCUCGAGGAUGAUGUGGAACUCUUUCAGAGGGAAUCAAACCUUGUUGUAAUUCAUGUAAAUGUUGAGAUAUGAUGCUCCUUUAGAAACAAUUUUCAUGGCUUCAGCAGUUGCUUAGCUUCUUUUAGCAUUUAUGGGCAUGCUUGCUGGUUUAGUCAAGGAGGGUAAAUAUAUGGCUGGCCUUGGAGGAUGGAUGGUAAGUCACAUCUAUCUUACUAUUUCAAUUCUCUGUCAUCUCUUCCACCAAAGCCACUGUAAUUAAAUGCACCUUGUUGGUCAGAGUAGUUUGUUACUUUGUUUGUAUAAUCUCUCCUGGGGGGUGGUAUUGCAGCUUUACAUGUCCGCCUGCAUUGUUGCUCCAAAGAAUUAACAUUAUAAUGCUACAUCAGUUAGACAAUUAGAUAUGCCAUCUAGGCACCUCUUCCAGUGGCACAGGACUCAUCUUCCUUGUUUGAAUUGCCAAGGCAUGACCAUGUGUCGUUUGUAUUUUUAGUUUUAUCGACUGUGCAACAAUAUAAUCUCUCUUCCAAGUUUGGUCU